AUGGGGGUCUUCAAUCCUCGUGGUCGCAGCGAUUCCCGCGUGUCUGGCCUGCCACCGCAUAGCAGUCCGUCUUUUGUCGACGAUCUGGCUCCGGAGCACGCCAUGACUGCUACUAGUCCUCCCGGGGCAUUCGGGGUUGAAUCCUCUGCGAAUGCGCUGGGUGGGAAUAGCUAUCAUAGGACUCCUACGCGGUCGUUUUAUCACAGGUCUUUUAAUAAUACUGAUCCCGCUCCUUAUGCCUCGCAAGGUCUCCGCGAACAGACGGCCGAAUUGGCUUCCUUUGCGCUCUCGUUGAAUACAGCUAGCGGUCCGUCGCCGUCAGACCGACCGGCUCUUCCUCCUAGUUUGGAUCUGUUCGACCCGGAUCGGAAUUCGGAUACGGGUUCGGGUUCGGGUGGUGGUUUGCACGAUUUACCGGGUGGUACCUCUGCUCCUGUGGCUGGGUCUUCGGCGUUGACGGAUUUGAUUCGUACUUCUCCUCCUGAUUCUUUGGAUGGGGAGGGGGAGGAUGGUAGUGAGAGUCAGGCUGCGAUGGUCACGAAACCGCCUAUUACAGUCCGUCAGCCCGAAUCGCCGAGUACCGAGCGGACGUCGUUGUUGCGGUCGAAGAAUUCUCAGAGCUAUGGUGUUGUAGAUGAUGUUGAGAACCAGGGACGAGCGCGAAAACGGCAACCGGGGUCAUUUUCUAAAGCGUUUUCUACGAUUGCAAGGACAUCACGGAUACUUUCGAGCCCAAAGUCUUGGGAUAGACGGGUGGUAUGGCGGGAAGGAGUGGUAUACCCGGCCAGUCUGCUUCCGUCUGUGUUUCUCGGGUUGUUGCUGAAUAUCCUUGAUGCGUUGUCCUACGGCAUGAUUCUUUUCCCGCUGGGGGAGCCUAUCUUUUCUGAACUAGGCUCGGAUGGUAUUUCGAUGUUUUACGUUAGCACGAUCAUCGCGCAGUUGGUGUUUUCUGGUGGAGGGUCCAUCUUCAAAGGUGGAAUAGGGAGUGAGAUGAUCGAGGUGGUCCCCUUCUUCCACCAGAUGGCGUUCACAAUCCUGAACCGAGUCGGCCAGGAUAACCCGAAAUCAGUUAUUGCGACUACGAUCUUAUCUUUCUCGGUCAGCUCCAUCCUGACCGGGCUGGUCUUUUUCUUGAUGGGAACCUGCCGACUCGGUUCUCUGAUUGGUUUCUUCCCCAGACACAUCCUGAUCGGGUGUAUUGGUGGCGUGGGCUUUUUCCUAUUCUUAACCGGCAUUGAAGUGUCGGCUCGACUGCCUGGGUCUUUUGAAUUUACCAUUCCCACGAUGCAGACGCUUUUCAACGUCGACUCUUUGUUCCUUUGGAUGAUACCCUUGUUUCUUGCGAUUGGGCUCCUUGUGCUGAAGCGGUUUGUUCGGUCUAAUUUUCUGGUUGGUGCUUACUUUAUCGGGGUCGCGUUGGUGUUUUAUAUCGUCAAAUUCAGCUGCAAUGUGUCGAUGGAGAGGCUGCGAACGAGAGGGUGGGUGUUUGAUGCUCCUGCGUCUUCGAAUCCAUGGUAUCAUUUCUAUACGCUUUAUGAUUUUGGUGCCGUUAAUUGGCCGGCUUUUCUGGAUACGAUCCCGGCCAUGUUUGCGCUCACCUUUUUUGGGGUCCUGCAUGUACCGAUCAAUGUGCCGGCGUUGGGUAUUUCCACUGGCGAGGAUAAUUUGAAUGUGGACCAGGAGCUCAUGGCGCAUGGUGUCACGAAUGCGCUGUCUGGAUUUGCGGGUAGUAUUCAGAACUACCUUGUGUAUACGAAUAGUUUGCUGUUUAUCGACAGUGGUGGUAAUUCUCGGUUGGCAGGGUUUAUGCUGGCGAUGGCUACCACGGGCAUUCUUUUUGUCGGUCCGGUGAUUGUGGGAUUUAUUCCUGUCAUGGUUGUUGGGGCUCUUAUCUUCAUGCUGGGGAUUGAGUUGAUGCAAGAGGCUUUGGUUGAUACGUGGGGAAAGCUGCAUCGGCUUGAAUAUCUCACGGUGGUUAUUAUUAUCGUGACCAUGGGAACUGUGGACUUUGUCGUCGGUAUCAUUGUUGGCAUUGUGCUGGCGUGUGUGAGCUUCGUCGUUCAAACCUCGCGCAAAUCCGCCAUCCGGGCCACGUACUCGGGCAAGAUAACCGGGUCAACAGUGCGACGGCCACCGAUCCAGCAGCGGUUUCUGAGAGAAGCAGGACAGCAGACGCUCAUCAUCAAGCUUGCAGGAUACCUCUUCUUCGGGACGAUCACGAACGUGGAGAAGAUGAUGCGGGGACUGAUCGAAGAGGAAGCGUUUAACCGACGGCCGAUCCGGUUUGUGAUCCUGGACUUCUCGCGGGUGUACGGACUGGACUUUUCGGCGGCCGAAGCGUUCACGCGCAUUAACCGGAUUCUUCGCAAGAGAAAUGUGCAGACGACCAUCUCUGGAUUGGAUGUUGAGGGGGAUGUGGGGCGGGGACUACAGAAUGUCGGACUCUUCGAGACAGGGAACGGGGUGCCGAUCUUUGAAGACUUGAAUUCUGCCCUGGAGUUCUGCGAGAAUGACUACCUCAAGGUGUUUUACAGUCACCGGGAAGCGGUGCUGAGGAGAAACGAGUCCUCGCCUUUCCUGGAAGUCCCUGUACCCCCGAAUCAACCACAGCUGGGCGAUGGGCUGGUGAGCUCUCCUCGACGGCUGUAUCUACAGCAAGUCGCCACGAGCACCAUCCACGAAGAUGAAACGGCGGUGGUGGUCCCCGCAGCCUGGUCCGCGAUGCGACAGCCGCUCCCUCUCCUCCUGCAGACCUUCCAAGGAUUAAGCUCGCAGAACGAAGACUUCUGGUACCCGGCCUGCGAGUACUUUACACGCGACACCUACGCGGCCGGCACCGUCCUCUACGAAGAAGGCGACGUGCCGAAGGGGUUCUACCUGCUCGAAGCCGGGAUGCUACGCGCCGAGUACGAACUGCCGCAGGGACGGUACUUUGAACUGAUCGUGGCGGGACGGCCGUGCGGGGAGCUGCCGUUCUUCAGCGAGACGCGACGAACGGCGACGGUCAAGGCGGAGCAGGAAUGCGUGACGUGGUGUUUGAAUGCGGAGAAGUGGAAGGAGAUGCGCGAGAGGGAGCCGGCGAUAGCGCAGGAGUUGUUGACGGUGAGUUUGAAGCUGACGACGGAGCGGAUGGAUAGUAUUACCAGUUAUGUGCUUACGACGGCGGCAUGA